AUGGCUUCUGAUGAGGCAAACAAUAGGAAUGAUUGGCCUAUCACUCCAGAUAUUCUAGGAAUUGAAACCGCAACAAUUUGCAACGGUGGAGUCAAAGAACAAGAAAUCACUUUUCAUACCCGGCCAUUGACUCGACUUUCUCCCAAAUUUGCUCAAUUUUGUCGUCGGAAGAAGCAAGUUGAUGGUCGAUUUACCCUCACAUGCGCUCAGAAUAAAUAUGAUGCUUUCACAUGUAUCGCUCUCUAUGCAUACCAUGGAAAAGUACCAAAUCCCCCAAAGGACAUCGAUCCAAUCUAUACCCAGCGUUUGAGAUGGAUUUAUUAUGUGGCUGAGGAGUUCGGACUCAAUGAUUUAAUGAACAAGACGAUUGAUGCUUUACGAGUCUAUGAUUUCAAAUACAAGCAGGAAAUCCAUGCUCACACAGAAGAGAUAUAUCACAAUACUUCAAAAGGAAGCUUGCUGAGAUGGUAUUCUGCGGCAUCAGCAGCUUGGUCUUGGGGACGAGAAACGGGACCUGCAACUGCAUCACAGAGGGAUAAUCGUAAGAAAUUCAUUUCUUCUGGGAGGGGUAAUCCGGACAUCUUUGCGGACUUUCAUCUGGUGGAUCUUUUCCAUCGGGAUUAUAUCAGAGGUUUUGAUACGGACUGGAGAGAUGUUCAUGAUUCUGGUCUGCCAGUUUGCGCAUUUCAUUGCCAUUCACCGGGAGAAACUUGUCAUCGUACAGGAAUUACGGAGCCGGCAGAAGUACCAGAGCAUAUUUCGAAGAUUUUUGAUGGGGUUGAAGAUACUGUGCUUUUGAAUCGUUCGCAGAUUAUUGAUACCCCUUCAGAUCGAGAUGCGCGUUCGAGUGCACGGCAAAGCACUCCGCCAAGGUCUUCAGAGUCAGAAGUUGUCCAGCCAGAAGAUGAGAAUCUUAAGUCUGGAGAUGGAAGAAAUAAGACUCCGGGGUUUAGUCAUGAAACCGUUCAUCCAGUUGUGGGUCAAGUAAUCAACGAAGACCAAGAAAUGAGUGUGCUUCAAGAGAUCACAAUGAAGAAGUCCAUUACAGAGGAAGUCACAAAGCAAUCUUCAACAACUCGACUAGCUCCUAUCAGAAAUCCACCCUCAACAAGAGUUGUUCCUCCAGAAAGCAAAAAGACUGAUCGAUCGCAGAAGCAUAGUUCAGAAAAUGUCAAAACCGAAGCACCAAGUGAGGAUCUUUACGGAGCAUCUGAUAUCGAUAUGGAUCGUGAAGCUUCCGAAAAUUCCGUCGAACCAGGAAAGAAAGUUACAGAGUCCAGGACUUAUGAUGAGCAGCUGGCAAAUGCAUGGAGAGUACCAUUGUCGUCAUUUUCUCCACAAAAUACUCGAAUUGUACCUGGUACCGUUGUUACGAGCAAGCUUGGAAAUACAAAACGUUCUCAGGCUAUACGUGAUGUCCUCAAUAUUCGUGAUAGUCCCACUGUCAUUGAAGAUGAAGUUUCGAAGGGGUCUUCAAGAAAAAGUAUUAAAAAAAGAAAAGCCGUUGUUACUGAAGAUGAUACUAAUCAUGACGGCGACUCUAUCAUCACUAAGAAACCAAAGACAUCCAAUUCAAGUCUCAAGUCUAGCAUCAGAACUUCUGUAUCGCAAAAGGCAAAUGGAAAGAAGCCAUCCAAAAUUCAAAAUUCCGAGUCUGAGUCUUCGGAAGAGGAUAGUUCAGAGCGAAGUUCAGGAACUAGUUCUGAAAUUAGUUCAAGUGAUGAGGAUGAUGAGGUGAUGAAUGGUUGGUCGACUGAUGAAGAUACAGACUCCUAUGACGAUCAAUCUAUCUCCCAAGCUAUUUCCCAAGUUGAGAUAAAUCAGGAGUCUGAUUCAAGCGAUAGUGAUAGUGAUAGUGAAUCCGAGGAACAAGAUCCAGAGCCAUGCUUUAUCGAUUCCGGAGUCCAUCUCCAUAUACCUUCAAAAGCCACCUCUUCAUCAAUUCUCGUUCAAUCCCAACCUUCAUUUAGUCAACCAGGUACUUCAAAUUCACGAAAUAUACCUGGUGUAGCACCAUUACGACCUGGGUAUUGCCUAAUCUACAACUAUAAAGGACGUUGCAAUAAAGCCUGUGGACUUCAACACUUGUGUCUGAAAUGCGAUCUUCAGCAUUCCUCUCUCCAUCAUCAUCAAUACCAGCCAAACUUUCGAGCAGCGAAUAAAGAUCCUUCUAUUGAAACCUGCCGAGACUGGAACGCCGGUAGAUGCGCCGUGCGAGUCACAAAUUGUACUCUACGACAUAUCUGCUCUAUAUGUAAUGGAGGUCAUCGAAGCAUUUAUCAUGAGCACGAAGAUCCAUUUCUCAAGAGUGAUAAGCAACGUCCUGAUCGUACAGGAGGAGAGUCCAGUCACUUCCGUCGAGAAGGACGUCUUGAUCAUGGUCACUCACAAGCAAAUUCUCCUCACAUCUCAGCAAAUUGGCCUGAAGAUUCUCAUUCCUCGUCUCGUCGCCAACAACAUUAUAUUGAAGAGGUAGGACAACAAGAUUCUACAAUCGAAUUAAAAUUUGCCUCGUGUCAAAUGUGGCAACGGGGUACGUGUAUUAGGAAGAGAACGAAAUGUCAAUUAUCGCAUAUCUGUGAAAGGUGUGGACAGUUGACUCAUAGGACUGCGAAGCAUGAUACUUAUAUGAGUAAAACUGCUCCGCGGGCUUGA